UAAGUUUUUCGUAAAUUUAUAUUUUUUGUAUUGACGGAAUUUUUUGUUGUUAGACCGCUUGUUUGUUUGCCCUUACAUUUUUCUACGACUUUGUUACGUGUUGAUGCCAAUUCGUAAAAGGGAACAUCUAAGUGAAUUUAAAUGUGUAUUAUAAGCUAUCACAGUUUUUCGCGCCAUUUUUUGUAUUUUAAUCAUUGUAUAUUAUAAAUAUGGUGACCAUAAUCGUAGAUAUCGUCAACAAUAAAGCGGUUAAGCUUGAACCAAACAUAAUAUAUCGUGUGGGACGCCGGCUGGGUCUUGAAUUUUCUAUUGAGGAUGAGUCCGUAGAGCUUGCACAUGCUACAAUUGCUUUGCUAGCCGGCGGAAUUGUGCGCUUAGCAGCUGUGAAUGGCGACGUUUUUGUGAACAACCUUAAAACGGGACUGGAAAUCAAGAGCAUAAGCGAAGCAGAUGCUAUCAAUGGACACAUUGAUUUGCGUUUUGGCAAUGUGACUGCCAAAUUGCGCUUUAACGAUGCCAAACGUUUGGAUAACGAAGAGUCAAACGAUACCAGCGGAUUUGAUGAGGACACUAGAAGAGAUAAGUCAACAAAUAUAACUGGCGAUAGCUUCAACAUUCCCGAAUCGGAACCUCAAUCAGUUAACAAUACAGGAAUUACAGAUAGUUUCAUCAUUCCUGAAGCUCAGGCUAUUUGCUUUGAUCGAUCUGCAAGGGUUAGCAAACAAUCAAAGAUAUCAUUGGGCGAUGAUAUUCUAAUACCUGAAACUCAAGAUGUUCUGCUCAAUGCUGGUAAUAAUCCAGUUCUAAUGAAUCAUGAACUGGAUAUUAUCAGUGAAGAUGAUUGUUCAGAGUUCGGUACUCAAAUACGCAUUUGCACUCAAGAAUUCAAUGAAAUUAAUGAAGAUGCUAUUGACGAUUUUGAUUCAUCGCUUGUGCUUGGGGAUGGACCGAUGUAUGUGCUACCACCUGCCAGGCAGUCAAAAGAUAACACGGGAGCUGAUUCGGAUAUGAGUGCCUUGAAUUGGUCCGCAUCUAAUUCAAAAUGCACUGCAUUGAAUAGCACCAAGGCUGAUGAUUCGUUGUCGCGUGGCGAUAUCUGCCUAACUCCAGAUUUAUCUCUACCAGGUAAAAGUUCUGAAGACCUUAUUGAGGAUGUUUGCACUCCAGAUAUAUUUGACGUGCUUAAUACCGAACGAAAUGAACGUCUCGGCUCUUGCACACCUGACUUAAAUCUGCCUUCAACCGUGCUCUCUAGUCCAUCGAUUAAAGUUGUUGACAAACCGAAGCAAUCAGCAGUUGACAGCAUUGAGACGCCAGAUUCCAUGCCAGCGGAGUUGCUGGAUAACUCCCAUUGUAUAGCAACGCAUGCAGUGCCUGCAGCAAACUUAACGCAAGAGCGCAAAUCGAGUACAUCUGAUGAUAAUUUGGAAGACUUCAUUGCCACACAGGCUUUCGUAAGACCACGAGCACCUGUGUCGCAAUCCAAGGAGUUUACGGUCACAAGAUUGAGCAUUACUGCCCAAAUUCAUAACCAUAAUGAAGAUUUUAUUGAAACGCAAGCAUUUCCUACAAAGGAAACGACAUCAGAUAUUUUAUCAAAUAUUGCUCAGGGAAAUUUAGAAGACUUUAUUGAAACACAGGCAUUCAUUAAACCGUCUCGAACGUCUGAAGCAGCACUAAACCAAACGGUCGACACAAUAUUAAAGAUCACUGCCAAAAUAGGUGAUAAUACAGAAGAUAUGUUGGAGACUCAAUUAUUUAUAUCUCCCGCGACGAAUAGUGAUAAAACUUCAGCUAAUGAAAACGAUGCUGAGUAUUUGAAAGUUCCUAGUUCAGUUAAAAUGGGAGAUGAACUUGAUAAAGAGCUUAGUCAACUGAUUGCGCUUUCUUCAUCCGACGAAGACGAGCAAUAUUUUAUUGAGCAAUUUAAUAACACAGUCGAAAAUUGUAUUAACAAGAUUCAGCAACCCAAAACAUCGGGAAACGUUCAGAAGGACCAGCAACAGUUAGAAAACAAUACCGGCCGUAAACGUUCCUCUCGUUCAGAAUCACCAGCAGCCUUACCAUGCAAAAGAGGACGCACAAGACAAAUCUCAAAAUCAGCUGUAGCAUCUGAAAUAGAGGAGAACAACGUUGAAGUUCCUCCGAUAGAAAACAGAACGCGAUUGAAGCGAUCAUUAACAGCUAACGCGGAUCCGCCUCUAAAAAAGACACGAGGAAAAACAUCAGAGCUAAUUAGUGAAAGUGCUUCAGACGCAAAAGCACAAAAGAUUAAAGCAUCUAAUCAAAAGGAUUCCAUUGAAGGCCGACUCCGGGGCAGAGCACGUGGCAGCAAAAAUACAACACAAGAAAGUGAGAAUAUUAGCAGUGAAGUUAAAGUGGUAGCAAAAACUGCCAAAAAACAAAUUGAACUUGCCAAUGAAGCUGCAAGUUGUAGCAAAGAGAGUAAAACUAGAAAAUCUAAGCAGAAAAAUGACUCAAGUAAUGAUCAACCAGACGUUAUCCACGAUAUACAACCAAUUAGCAGCAGAACAAGAAGGCGAUCUCAGUUAAUUGACAUUAUUGAAGAAACUGGUAAAGAUGUUGUGAAAAAUAAAAAAGAUGCUAGCAAAGAGGACGAAACACUGAUACCAAGAAAAGAAUUACGGCAUCCAGUUAAGGCACCUGCCAAAAAAAACAAAGCAGGAAAUGCCCACUCAACCAACGAAGCUGAUUCUCCCAAGCCAAAAUCUAAAACUGAUGACAAAAAAGAGGUUAGUAGUGAGCCAUCUAUCAGAGCUUUGCGCAAUAACAGAGUAUUACUGGAAGCUGUUGAAGGCCAAAUGAAAGAUGGCCCAACAACUAGCUCUAAUGCUCAAACAAUGAAUGCUCGUAGAAACAAGGUAUCUAGUCGAAAUCCAGUUACAGAAAUAAACGACUACAUCAAGAAAAUAAAAAGAUCUCGAAAAAUUCGUUUAGCAUUAUCCAUGUGCAAUCAAGCUGCGCUGACUUCAGUUAUGGCGGCUUUAAAAAAUGCUAUAGAAGUCACCAAUGAUCCAGUGGAAUGCGAUUUGGUCAUCAUGGAUAGAGGCGAACGCACCUACAAGUUCUUGAUUGGAGUUGCUGGAAAUAAACCCAUAUUGUCCAGUCAAUGGUUAUAUGCUAUGAAGCAAACUUGUUCCAUUAGUGUUGAAUCGGAGCAUAUAUUCAAGGACGACAAAUUCGAGCAGAUGUUUAAGUUUCAGCCGUUAUCAGUAUUUGAAACCCCCAGUUUAUUGAAAGGAUUAGAUUUUAUGAUCGGUGAGGGCAUCCAGCCGAGUGCGAAGGAUAUGAAAGCCAUUAUUGAAUGCGCCGGUGGAACCGUGCAUACUAAGGUGCCUUCAAUCGCAAGUAAGAACAAACUAUAUGUGAUUGCUAGUAAGCAAGAUAAGCACGUUUGGCAGCUGCUCAGAAACUACAAGAAUGUACAAUACAUUAAAACUGAAGGUGUUAUGCAAGCUUUGGUACAGCAUAAAGUAGAAUUGUUGAAUGAGCACAAGCUAAAUUUUCUAGAGAUAAGCAAAUAGAUAGAUAUAAGUGUAAAAGCACUCAGAUGAAGUGCAAAAAAAAAACUGUUGGAUUUACAUUGUAACUGGCCAGCAUUUAAUCACCUAGUUAUAUAUUUUGUAUGGUCUAUGUAUUAUGUAUUUAUCGA